GUGAGGCCGGUGGUGUUCGGUUACAGAGCCUCCAGGGCGGGGUCGCGUGGAGCUGUGGGCGCGCCUGAUAGAAUGGGCGGGGUGCGGGUCGGGGUCGGGCGGGUGCGGGCCCCAGGCCCUAGCGGAGGUGGCGCGCGCCGCGCUAGCGCAGCGGAACUUGCCGCCCAAUGCUUACCCGACCCUGCUCUACGCGUAUGGGUCGUACUUGCGCGCGGCGGGGCUGUGGGAGCUGCUGGUGCUGCUGCUGGAGAUGGUGGCGGGCGUCAACUUCCCGGCCAGCGCGUCGUUCCCGCCGCCCCCGGCCCCGCCCCAGGACUAUGAGCGCCAGCUGGAGGCGGAGGAGGACAGUAUAGCGGGUAGCGGGUUGCCGCUGUCGUCGCGCUGGGCGCGGCUGGAGCGGGAGCGGGCCGCGGCCCACUGGCGCCCGGCCCCGACCGGGGAACCGCUGCUGGAUCCUAUGCGCGCGCCGCUGGCGCACGACGUGGCGGCGCUGCUGCAGGCCAGCGCGGGGCCCCACGCGGCCCUACUGCUGGCCUCACGCCUGCUGCUGCUGGCCAAGGUGCCGCUACUGCCCGGGUGCGGCGCGCUGCGCGGCCCGUCAGACAGCGCGGAGGCCGCGUUGCCCCUCCUACGUGCCGCCCGGCGCCUGCCGCCGUCGCACCCCGCGCAGGUGCCGCCUCACGCCGCUCGCGCCGCGCUGGCAUUGCUGGUUGAUCCGCCGCACUACUUCACACCCCGAUACGGUUUCGCUGCGUGGGUGGAAUCUUUGUGGGAGGCUUGCUGCGAGUGGGUCCCGCCGCCCGCACGCUACUCGCUCGUUGCCUGGCGACUGCGCUGGCUGCACACGCUGCUGCUGCUGCAGGACGCGAGUGAUAAGACGGAGGCGCGCCGAGUGCGUAACGCGGCGCGCGCCAUCCUCCGCAGGUGGGGCGGCGGCUCCCCGCUGCCGUUCCUGCAGUUCGCGCGCAUAGAGGCACUCAUCAACGGCACCGACGCAGGCGUGACAGUGGCGAUGCACGCAGUCCGCGCGUCGCAUCGGGCGGGCGCGGGCGCGGGAGGGGGAGGGGCCGGGGCAGGGGCAGGGGCCGGGGCAGGGGCAGGGGCCGGGGCCGGGGCAGGGGACUGGUCGUACACGCGCUUGUACGCGGCGCGCGUGGUGCGGGAGCUGGCCGGGGACAGUCCGGUGUCGCGCGCGACGCUGGUGGCCGCCAUGUUGCCGCAACGCCGGGGGACCGACCUCACUGCUGAGUCGGAACAGGCGGCGCUGAAGCACUGCGAGGAACGGUGCCAGGAGAUAGAACACGAGUUGGAGGCUCAAUCGAGGGCGCUCUCCGAGGCAGGCGAGGACGAAGACCCGGGGACAUUGUUAGAGGCCGCAUUACGGCCCGGGCCCGGCGAGUGGGCCGCGGCCCGCGCCCAUUUAUCGGGACCGCAACGCCGUCUACAACUGGUCAACGAUCUGUGUGCAAAUGUUCCCGGCCCACAAGCGAGUGAAGCGCAACGUCGGUACUGGGAGCAAGCGGCAUGCGCGUUGGUAGAGGCGGGGGGCAGCACCGGCAGCAAGUGGGCGCGGCUACUGCGGCCCCACGCGCCGCACAAUGCGUACCUCGCUAUAGUGAGUGGUGGGGCGCCGCUAUGGUCGGGGCGGGGGGAGUGCCCCCGGUGGGACACGGAGGCCGCCGCGUGGGGCACGCUGCUGCCCGCCAUACUGCCUCUGUUCCACUGCCCGCGGGAGGGGAGCGACGAGCUGUGGCGACGCGCGGCUUGCGUCGCGCGGAGGGUAGCGGCGCGCGGGGGAGGGGCGGCGAUUCAUGCGGCUGCGGUAGAACUGGCGGCCAGGACUCCCCGCUCUAUGGCCGCCCCCUCGCGGCUACUGUAUGAGGCGCUCGACCAGCACCCGCGACACAAGUGGUUGUACGUCCGCGGCGCGUGCUGGACGGCGGAGGGCGCGGAGCUGGCCGACCUGCUGCUGGACCGGGAGCUGCGCCUCCACGCGCUGCCUCUCGAGCUACACCUGGACCGGGACCUGGACCUGGACCGGGACCGGGACCGGGACCGGGACCACCAGGCAACCGCGUCCGAGCCCGCUCAACCAGGUGCCAAAGAAAUAACGGCCCUCGCUGACAAACAACAAGGGCCCGAUAACCGACACGAUGCUCUCGAUCGAAUGGAUGUUACGGACGGGACGAUUAAAUAAGCAUAUUAUAUGACUGAAAACUUUACCUCAGGGGAGUUAGCCCCCAAUAUUUUUUUAAAUUUUAUUAUUACCAUGGUUGUUCUGGAUUAUUCCGUUUGUUUGUUCUUGUUUUAUUUGAAAAAAUAAAUAUUUGAAACCCCUCCUCAAAAAAAAAAUUUUUUAAUAGCCCCCAUUGUUAGAAAUUCAAUGUUUGCUAUAAUUUUCGUUAUUAAGCAUGUACCUGCUCAAUGUUUAAAUCUUAAGAAAAUAUUACUAUAAAAAAACCUAUAUUUCUGGUUGUUCCGAGUGGUUCUAGUUUCCUUUCUAACGUUAUUCCAGAGUUUCUAAAGCUACCUUCCCUAAAGUAAAAACUUUUCGAUAUUUUCUAUUUUGUAAUAUAGAUUAGCUAUGGUAAUAAACUUAGUUUAUUACGAUGAAGACAGGACGAGAUGUAACAAUUGAUAGUACUUUAAUAAAGCUUCUCCCCUGUAGCGCAUUAUUAUCGGCCGAUAACAUUAUCGAAUACGUUAUGGGGCAAUUACACUAGCUCGUUAGCGCGUAUUUAGAUGCACAAAAGACCUUACUCGAAUUCGGGUACCCGAAACAAUAUUUACACUGGAGAACGGCGACUAAAACGAAAACUACUCAAGUACGGACGUACUUGACUAUGUUCAUUUACACUUGUUCCUUUACCCGAAUUCCAUAGGCACUCGUAUUCGGACUAACGACUAAGGGUAUCCACGCCAUUAUUCGAUAUUUGGUAAUCAUCAAUCAUACUUGUAUUGCGUCGUUAUUAUCGCAACACUGUGUAACUUUGUAGCCGUUCUUAUACAUAAUGUACUAAAUACAAAUGUCGCUAAAAUGCAUCAUAUUAGUGACCGACAAUAAUGCGCUUAUGGGGGGAGGACUAAUUCAAAAAUGGUAUUUCAAAAUACUUUAUUCAUUAUAAAAUAUGAAUCUUGUCAUGUUUGUUUGGAAUUGAAAUAUUUUAUUAUGAAAUGAAACUAAAUCAAAUGAAAUGAAACCUUUAUUGGUCAUCUUAAAAGUGUACAGUAUACGGUAUUUAUUCAAGUCUGAAUAAACAGAAAUUAUACUUUAA